GGGUAACACGUAGUUGAAAUACGUCCAUGUUUGUUUGGGAAGGCCGAGAAGGAUUCCAUAGCAACUUGCGUUGCCCUUUGCAGGUUCCGCCAUCAUUUCUGCAAGGGAAGGAACAAAAGAACAAGAACCAGCCCCUUGUAAUAUUAAGAGAUACUGCUGCCGGUUGUGGAUAUUGUUGGUGUCUUAUUAAACUUGGAUAUGCGCAGCGGUGGCCAGAUACGAGGACCAGAUUUCCGCUGCUGCCGAGAGAGGUGUGUGUUGUUCUUGCGGCAAAUUCGUCCCCAUUACAGACAUCUACCGGGCUGAGAACGGGGAUCCUAUGCUGCAGCCGUUAGAAGGUGCUCUCGAUAACUGCGGCCGGCACGGGAGCACCUGGGAUGUUUGCUCAUCAUACCACGCCGCACUUAGCCGGGAGACGAUCCCCAAGUUCUCAGCCAAGAAUCUUGUCAAUGUGACCCUGUGCCAGCACUACCCGUCUCCUCUGGAAGGUCUCACGCUGGCCGAAGAAUACCUCAUUGCAAAGUGCCAUCCUCUCGGAGUCAUCCUGAAAUUGCGGCCCGGUGGCCACUCGUCUCCGGUCAACUACCACGCACUGCGAGGCCAUUUCAUUGUCAUUCCGCAGGACCCGGAGCCACUGCUCCAGAUCCUACCCAGCCCAGAGUUGAGAUUGCACAACCUUAUUAGAGUUUUCUGGUUAGGGGGCCGACCCCCAGCGGACGCCGACCUCAACCAGUUCUUGCUUGUUCGGAAGAUGAAGGUUCUGGCUGCUCUGCAAUACCUCGUCCGGCAUAACUGUCUUUACGGCGACCUAACCAUUAACCAUGCGAUGAUAGAUGAGUGGAGCGAUGACUUCAUCCCAUCAGAGCUGCGGGAUAACAUCAUUUGUCUCGGUGAGUCCGAUCACCAUGAGCGUGAGGGAUACACAGUGAACCUGCAGGCGGGCAACUACGAGAAUGAUCUCCAAGCAGCACAAGAUGAAGGCUUUAAUAACUCCGAUGACGGUGGUCCUUUGAUGACCGGAUCCGUCUCCACGGACGUCAACGGAGAACGCCAGGACCCUAAUAUACGCACACUGGACACCUUGUUCAGCAUAGUCGCAAACCGACCAGCGGCACCGAGAGACCGCAACUCGGCUAGAAACGAGAUAGUAGAUAUGCCCCCACUCAAUCACCAAAGGGUGCCGGCAAUCUCUUACACAGUCCGUGGGCAGACAACGCUGGUAAACCACUGGACUGAUUCCCACUACUUUACCGCUGCGUUCCCAACUCUGUUUCCGACGGGUACUGGGGGCCAUCUAGACCAGCGUGCGGUCCCGGUAUCGCUCGAGGCUUUUGCUGAGUGGGCUUUGAGUCACCACAGCAGAAGGUAUGUUAUCUCUAAGAAGCAUCGCUUGUCCCUUCUAAUAGUUACAGGUUCGCACGGCACAGGACCUUCAUGUACCUAUUAUAUGACGUGUUACAGCUCCGGAAGUCGUCACUAG